UCCAAUAUGUGAAUAAUCGCAUUCAAUCGAUACAAGGCCAUAAGACAACAAUUCUGGUGACGGAAUAGGAUGCGGGGAAACGAGAUUGUCGGACGACGCACGUCUGGGAGAUGAUUCCAUUUUCUUCUUCGACAUGAUGGGAAGAACUUUCUUUGUCUAACAACACUGUAAUUAAUUGAUCAGUUAUCCGAGUGACCGCAAGUUUUUCCCGCAGAAUCGGUGGACGAUUAUAAGCCGAUUUCUUCCAGUGGAGCCAGCAAUGAAAGCAGGGCAGAUCAAAGCCGGAUAUUAAGCGACGUCGAUGCCGUUUUCAUCAGCCGUGUGGUUGAAAAGUAAGUUACAGUCUCACAAGCUAUUGAUUGGCGCGUGUUGAAUUUUGAAGCCGUCGAGUUGUGUCUACAUUAAUGAACUAUCUUAUGUUGUAAACAACUGUGUGUGGUUUUCGUUGUUAACACUCGAACACCUUUGCUGUCCAAACACACGUCUGUUCAUGCACUUGGCUUGUUAAGAAGACCUGCAACAUUACUGUAGAGAACAAUUAAACGGAUUAAGCUCAACUUAGAGGUAUUAUAGUUUACGAAAGAAACCGGAUGUCGGCAAGUCUCAUCUAAGAAAACUAGAGCUAUCUCUAUAGAAGGCACAUGACGAGUGAUGAUUGGAUGGCUCGAAUAUUACAGCGUGAUUGUUCUUCUCCUAGUUGACGUCACAGCGUCGGAUUCCCUGGGUGGCUGGGGUCAGUGGGGACCCUGGAGCAGCUGCUCGGUGACCUGUGGAUUCGGGUCAAUCAAGCGGAACAAGCAGUGGGAGUACCCGGAUGGUAGGACAGCGAACUACACCCUGACCAAAAUAGUGGAGUGUUUCAUCAACACAACCUGUCCUACUCAUGGAGGCUGGGGAAUGUGGACCGGAUGGACCAGGUGCCCGGUGAUGUGCGGCGGCGCGAACGUAACCAGAACGAGGCUAUGUAACGUUCCUGUACCCAGUAAUGGCGGCAGGUUUUGUAACGGGUCCUCUACGGAUUCAAUGAUCUGCGGCAAUAGUACAUGCCCUGAAAUCCCACCUGGAUUCGAAAUGAUGAGCUGUUUUAACGCCUCCAUGUUUGUAUGUGAGAGCGGAGAGCACUGUGUGCCUAAGUCUAUGAGGUGUGACAUUAAGUUGAAUUGUCACGAUGGCACGGACGAGAAAGACUGCAUCAUUUCCCUGGGGAUGGGUAUUAACUCCUCCAUACAGAAAUCAAAGUUUCUAGCUGUGAUAUUUACUUUGCUGACAAUAUGGGAGAAACUGUUCGUUACUUGAUUGGCGGAUGUGUACUUCAUGGUUAUCACCCAACUGACGUCAUAGUUUUUACAUACAUGUAUGUAGAUACGUUAUCAUAUAUUCGAUGGACCCUUGUGUUUUGUGAUAACAUGGACCAAGACAAGGGACCAUGACAUUUGACCUAACAAGAUCUGCUGGCAGUACAUCCCAUCAUGUGGCUUGUCUAGUAGCAACUGUUUUACACAUUAAUCAUGUGUCCAUUGAGUGUUAAUAAAGUGCAUAUUUAAUGUUACUGUUGAUAUAUGUGCAUUGUUUUCGUCAAUAAAUGAGAGAGAGAAAGUUUUUUCAUUUAAAA